UUUGUUUUAAUUUACAGGUAUUGUUAUUUCAAGAAAUGCUGUGACUUACUUGAAGAACAUCAUUCACAGGAACUUUUGUCUUGUGAUAUUUUUUUAAAACUAGAAUGGCUUUGAAAAAAACACCUAAACUAUUCAAGAAAUUUUUUUUUCACUGGAAACUUUGGAAGUUUAGCAUCAUUGUGUUUGUCUUUCUGGUAUUUUUAUUUUUAUUGCAAAAAGAAGUGGGUGUUCAAGAUUUUAAAGAUGAAGCAGGGAUUGAGCCAGUUGUUGGAAAGAAAAGUCAUGUGUUAGGUCUUAUGUUAAAUGCUAUGAACAAUAUCAAAGGUGCAAAGCCAAAAAUGCAAAUAAAAGCACCUGUUAGGCAAACUAAGAUUCCUGGAGAGAGACACUGUUUGCCAGGAUACUAUACUGCAGUGGAACUAAAACCCUUUCUAGAUCGACCCCUUCAAGAUCCUAAUGCACCUGGAGCUUCUGGUAAAGCAUUUAAAACCGUCAACUUAAAUUCAGACGAACAGAAAGAAAAACAACGUGGAGAAGAAAAACACUGUUUUAAUGCAUUUGCAAGUGAUAGGAUUUCUUUACACCGAGAUCUUGGACCAGACACUCGACCUCCUGAAUGUAUUGAACAAAAGUUUAAGCGUUGCCCGCCGUUGCCAACCACAAGUAUUAUAAUAGUUUUUCAUAAUGAAGCAUGGUCCACUCUUCUCAGAACUGUUCACAGUGUGAUGUAUACAUCUCCUGCAGUACUGCUAAAGGAGAUUAUUUUGGUGGAUGAUGCCAGUGUAGAUGAAUACUUGCAUGAUAAGCUAGAUGAAUAUGUGAAACAAUUUCAAAUAGUUAAAGUAGUUCGUCAAAAGGAAAGAAAAGGUCUAAUCACUGCACGAUUGUUGGGAGCUUCAGUAGCAACAGGAGAGACCCUUACCUUUCUGGAUGCUCAUUGUGAAUGCUUUUAUGGCUGGUUGGAGCCUUUACUGGCAAGAAUAGCCGAGAACCCUGUAGCUGUUGUGAGCCCUGAUAUUGCUUCUAUAGAUCUCAACACUUUUGAAUUCAGUAAACCAUCUCCUUAUGGGCAUAGCCACAACAGAGGAAAUUUUGAUUGGAGUUUGUCAUUUGGAUGGGAAUCUCUUCCAAAGCAUGAAAAUAAAAGAAGAAAAGAUGAAACCUAUCCAAUUAGAACACCUACUUUUGCUGGAGGUCUCUUUUCAAUAUCAAAAGCCUACUUUGAGCACAUUGGAAGCUAUGAUGAAGAAAUGGAAAUAUGGGGAGGUGAAAAUAUAGAAAUGUCUUUCAGAGUAUGGCAAUGUGGUGGACAGUUGGAGAUCAUGCCUUGCUCUGUUGUUGGCCAUGUCUUUCGCAGCAAGAGCCCCCAUACUUUCCCAAAAGGUACCCAAGUGAUCACACGUAAUCAAGUCCGCCUUGCAGAAGUGUGGAUGGAUGAAUAUAAAGAAAUAUUUUAUCGAAGAAACACAGAGGCAGCAAAAAUUGUGAAACAAAAAACAUUUGGAGACAUCUCAAAAAGGCUCGAGUUAAGGCAACGUCUGCAGUGUAAAAAUUUUACCUGGUAUCUCAGUAAUAUUUAUCCAGAAGCAUAUGUGCCAGACCUGAACCCUUUAUUUUCUGGAUAUCUAAAAAAUCUAGGUAACCGCAUGUGUCUGGAUGUUGGUGAAAACAACCAUGGUGGCAAACCAUUGAUUAUGUAUUCUUGUCAUGGACUUGGAGGAAAUCAGUACUUUGAAUAUUCUGCACACCAUGAAAUUCGACAUAACAUUCAGAAGGAGCUUUGCCUGUAUGCGUCUAAAGGACCCGUGCAGCUUCGUGAAUGUAACUACAAAGGCCAGAAAACCUUUGCUGUUGGAGAAGAGCAAUGGCUGCAUCAAAAGGAUCAAACUCUGUACAAUGCAGCACUACAUGUGUGCCUUACAGGGAAUGGAGAGCAUCCAAGUUUGGCAUCCUGUAAUCCAUCGGACCCCUUCCAGAAAUGGAUCUUUGGCCAGAACAAUUAAUACUUGAUAUUUAUAGGCAGGAAGAUUUAUUUAAAAAUCCCUUCUAAACUGUGAUUCAUAUACAUAUACUGCAUUUUUAAGUGAUGCAAAAUGUUUAAACAGUUUCUUUUUCCUCUUAUUUAAGGUGGUUAAAAAAUGUGUCAUCACAGAUUCCCUAGGAGUCUGUUAUACCAAAGAUGAUGAGAUUCCAAUUAAGAAAAAUGUUUACAAUAUUUCUAGGAUAAGACUUUAUAUAUUGACCACUGAUUUAUGGAUUCUAUUAGUCCUUUUUCACCCUUGGGACCAUAGGAAUAUCAUUUUUCCACAUAUUGUGACUCCUUCUGAGGAAGACUAGUUUUCUCUGUAGAGUUAUGAGAAAUGGAAUACUGCUUAAAAAACGACACUUUAUGUAUAUUUUUAUGCUUGAUUAACUUCAUUUAUUUUUUAAUCAUCUACUCAGUGAACCUUUCCCAGCAUUUUUUAUGUUCUGUCACUUGAAAAUUAAAUAUUUCACCUUCAGGUUAAAGCCAAAUAGGCUGCCACACUGUGCUCAGCUUCUAGCAAGUCAGUUCUUCAUUUGUGGAAGAUAAUAAUAAUUCUCAAUGAAAUGUAUGAUUUUCUUCAUGGAGAAUUUGUUUAUUCUGAUAUUAAUCUCCUUUUGUUUAGCCAAAAUGUUUUGUAUAGAUCCUUUUGUAUUUAAUAAACUUUACAAUUUAUGAAGUUAUAUUGUAAUGGAUUUCUGAGAUGCUUAACAUAAACGCAUUUUCUUAGCAUUUUAUUAUUGUUUUUAAAUCACGUUAUCUAGUAACUCCACUUUUUUUCAUUUAAACAAUGUUUACCUAAGAAGUUUCUAAUAUUACCCAUACAUAAUUUCUGGUGUAAAAACUUGCAUGUUGAUUUUUUUUCUUGUUGCUGUUUCCUCUUUUACAAAGUAUUGACCUCAGUUUUAUCAGUCCAAGUGAGACCUUGGCCUUUUGUAUGAAAUACUGUAUUCUUGUAAACAUCCACAACCAGACUUCCCUAGAUCAUGUGGAGCUAUGACUUCAUAAAUAGCAUUACUUUAAGUAUUUUAUUUACAUUUGUUUGUCCUACUGGAUGCAUAGGUGUUAAACACCCUCCAGUUAGUCCUCCAUUGCAAUUGCCAAUCAUGCCUAUUUUCUGACUGUGGUUAUCUGAGGCCAGAAAGAGGCAACUUUUCUGCACAGAAAUGUGCUUUUU